AUGACAUGGACGUACCCUGCUCAUAUAAGCCGAGCGCAAGAAUGCUCUGAGGCAACGGCUCUUGUCAAGGUAGCUAGGCAUUCCCCUUGCUUGCAUGGAUGGGAUCUUUCAACGAAUCCCGACUCGCCCUAUGAUACUGCAGUCAAUGUCUCUGUACCAGGGAGUAACAGUUGUCAAUGCGAGGGUGCUGUUCCUCCGACAUCAUUGCCUGUGCAAGCAGGAGAACAAGCAACCAUAUCUUCGCACGACCUCAUGCAAAUAUGGCCAGCCUGUGGCCGUUGUAAUCACUCUUUAGAUCUACAUGGUCUGCUAAAUCUGGACCUAGAAGAAGAACGUCAGAGACGGAUUAAAGUGGCUGUUCGAAUGGACGAACUCCUCGAGGACCAAAACAGAUUGCAUGAUUUCUCCUAUACAGAUGAAGACUUAUGCUCGUUAAAAAGACAAAUACAUUCUUUGUCGUACAUAAAACGGCCUAAAUCUGAGGGGGUGAAGACGGUAUCUAAUAAAAAUGCGAAGCAAAAGAAUGCUAAGGACACCAGCAAGUUUGUUCCUAAUGCUGAUGUGUUUCAUACUCUUAACUUCAUGUACCAGCGUGCAUGCUGCGCUGAAAUGAUAAAUUUGGUGCAUGCCGAUUUUAGCGCGCCUGAGGACAUUUCCACCAGCAUGAGGCAUUUUUUUGCCUUAGCAAAGCGAGCAGUGAUCCGAAUUGACCCAUCUAUCAAACACAGUGUUUGUCGAAACUGCUAUCGGCCCAUGAUAGAGGGAAUAACAAGCCGCACUCUUACACAACAAAAAAAGAAAUGUGCUUUGAUCUUGAAGCAAUGUAUGCACUGUGAGGACGAACGUAUUGUGUAUUCAUACGCAUUGCCAGCAUCUAAAUGUUGUGCUCCCGUGAGACCUCACAGGAAGCGACAAAACCUUUCUCAGCGACAACGCCGGAGACGUUGGAUGUAUAAGAACAGGACUACGGAGGUAGAGGAGACGAAAAUAUUGAACCCCGUUCCUUUUUCAGAACGAAUGGAUUCAACCGCUUGGCAAGAAUCUUUUCUUGCGCAAGGAUUGGCUUCAGGACUCGAUAUCGCUUUGCUACAAGAGUCUGCUAAUUUACGUGGCGGGCAUACAUUAUCGGUGGGGCUAGGCCGGGAAUCGCUAGGAACCCCAAGGAUGCCUUGUAAAUCUGGUGUUUGA